GGAAACUGCUUCUAUGAGGCAACUUGCUCAUAUUGCCUCCAGGGUGGGCAGGCCCUGGAUGCAUGUGCCCAGUCCUUCUGCAAUUAUAGAUGAUGCUCCUUUAUUUCCCUUUAGCUCACUUAUGGCUCCUUUGCCCCAGAGGAUGCUGGUCAAAGACAAUCCUCUUCCUUCUACAAAAUGGUGCCCAAUGAAGCCCAUCAGUACACUGGGAUUGUUGAGUUACUUCUGCACUUUGGUUGGACGUGGGUUGGGUUGCUUGCUGCAGAAAGUGGAGAGAGAUUUAUUCAGACGCUGAAACCUCUGCUCUCCCAGAAAGGUAUUUGCUUGGCCUUCGCAGAGACAAACCUGAAAAAAACACAUUUGGCUGAGUACUAUAUCAUGUAUUUCCACUGGAUCCAAAUUUAUCAAGCUAUUAUGGGAAGUAAAGCCAAGGUAGUGGUUGUCUAUGGAGGAACAAGGUCCAUGCUUGUAUUGCAGACAAUGAUAGCAUUAGGUGAAAUGGAAAAUGUGACCAAGACCUCUGAUGGCAAGGUGUGGAUUUUGACGGCACAACUGGAUUUCACAGCACCGCCCUUGCAAAUGAGCCUGGAUAUGCAAAUCUUCCAGGGUUCCCUCUCCUUUGCAGUUCAUUCAAAUGUGGUACAAGGAUUCAAAGCCUUUCUUCAGGCACAAAAUCGUUUUGAAGCAAAUGGAAAUGGCUUUGUCAAGCAGUUUUGGGCACAAGUCUUUCUCUGUUUAUUUCCAAAUUCCAGUACAGAGGAGCAGGCCAGUGGAGCCUGCACUGGAGAGGAGAAGCUGGAGAAUCUCCCUUCGUCUGUUUUUGAGAUGACCAUGUCUGGCCACAGCUACAGUCUCUAUACUGCUGUCUAUGCCAUAGCACAUGCUCUACAUGCCAUGUUCCUGCCUGGAGCCAAAUAUAGGAGAAUGGUGGAAGGAGAGAUGCAGGAGUUUUGGCCUUGGCAGCUCCACCCCUUUUUAAGGAGUGUCUCCUUUAACAACUCUGCUGGGGAAACAGUAUCUUUUAGUAUGAACAGAGAAGUAGAAGCCGGCUUUGAUAUUACCAACAUGGUCACUUUCCCAAAUAACUCCUUCAAGAGAGUCAAGGUUGGAAGGGUAGGUUUGGAGGCUGCCGCAGGCCAGGAAUUCACCCUUGAGGACAACAGAAUGGUGUGGCACAGAAGCUUUCACCAGGUGCCACCCCUUUCAGUAUGUAACCCAAAUUGCCCUCCUGGUUCCAGGAAGGAGAAAAAGGAGGGGGAGCCAUUCUGCUGCUAUGGUUGUGCUCCAUGUCCUCAAGGCAAGAUUUCAUCCGAAAAGGGUAAGAGACACAGGAUAUAUAAUGAUUCAAGGAGUGCAAUUUAGAUAUCUUUCUCAUUCAAGUGGAAUAAAAACCAAAUUUCUCCUCCAUACCUAUUGACAGGUAGCCCCCAUAAAGGAUUAGGGACCCACUCCUAAAAAGAA